AUGUCUGCCACUGCUGAAUACAAGCUCAAGGAUGUCACUUCCUUCAACGACAUUCCAAACCUAGAAAAAGUCGAGUCCGAGAUCGAAGGCAUCCCGGAUACAAAAGUGCUUGUAGUCCGCGUCGACGACAAGAUCCAUGCCAUCAGCCCCAGGUGCACGCACUACGGAGCGCCGCUGAAACUCGGCGUCGUUGCGCCGGAUGGGCGGAUUACUUGUCCGUGGCACGGAGCUUGCUUUUCGGUAUCAACCGGUGAGAUUGAAGAUGCCCCGGCGCCGAACCAUCUGAACACGUUUGAAGUCUACGAGAAAGACGGGGCUGUCUAUAUCAAGGGCGAAGAGGGCGCCAUCAAGGCAGGACAGCGGGAUCCAAAUCUCAAAUGCACCGCGUCGACAGAGGAAAAGAUUGUGGUUAUUGGAGGUGGAAGCGGCACCCUAGGCGUCGUCCAGACCCUUCGAGAACUCAAAUUCAAAGGAAGCAUCACGCUGCUCACCAAGGAGGGCAACCUACCCCUAGACCGCACAAAGCUGUCCAAGGCCCUGAUUUCAGACCCCAAGAAGGUCGAAAUCCGACCUGCCGAAUGGUACCAAGCCGCCGGCAUUGACAUUGUUCACGAUGAAGUCACUGCCGUCGACUUUGCGAGCAAGACGGUCUCGGCCAAAUCCGGCAAAUCGUGGCCGUACACAAAACUCGUCUUGGCCACGGGAGGAACUCCUCGCUCGUUGCCCUUGGAAGGGUUCAAGACCCUGGGGAAUGUCUUCGUAUUCCGAGACGUCACCGACGUCCAGGCUGUUCUCGGCGCUUUGGGCAACGGCGAGAAAAAGAAAGUCGUCGUCGUGGGCAGCUCGUUUAUCGGCAUGGAAGUCGGCAACGCCUUGUCCAAGGACCACGACGUAUCCAUCGUCGGCAUGGAAAAGGCACCCCUGGAGCGAGUCAUGGGCGAACAAGUCGGCAAAAUCUUCCAGCGCAACGUUGAGAAAUCCGGCGUCAAGUUCUACCUCAAUGCCAGCGUGGACAAGGCCACCCCAUCCCCUGCAGACCCAACCAAGGUCGGCGCCGUGCAUCUCAAGGAUGGCACGGCCCUAGACGCAGACGUGGUUAUUCUGGGAAUCGGCGUGCGUCCAUCUACAGACUAUCUCCAAAACAACUCUGCUGUUUCUUUAGAGAAAGACGGCUCGCUGCGCACCGACGAGUCCUUUGCUGUCCAGGGUCUGGGCGGAGACGUCUACGCCAUUGGUGACAUCGCCACUUACCCAUACCACGGCCCCGGUGCUCCUUCAAACGGUAUCCCCGUGCGCAUCGAGCACUGGAACGUCGCCCAAAACGCCGGGCGCAGCGUCGCCCGCUCAAUCACUCACUCUUUGGUCUCUGCAUCCCCUCUCAAGCCCAAAGCAUUCAUCCCGGUUUUCUGGUCUGCGCUGGGCCAACAGCUGCGCUACUGCGGCAACACAACAGCCGGCUGGGACUCGUUGACGCUUCAAGGGGAACCCGAAAAUGCAAAGUUUGUAGCAUAUUAUAGUAAAGAUCAAACAAUUGUUGCGGUGGCGUCGAUGGGGAUGGAUCCGUUGAUGGUGAAAUCGGCCGAGUUGAUGAGGAGAGGGAAUAUGCCGAACAAAAAGGAUAUUGAGGAUGGGGUGGAUUUGUUGAAGGUGGAUGUUCCAAAGUAUAUUGCUAUUUAG